GCACAACUUUUCACACCUUUCAAUCCUAACAUAACCCCACAUAGAUCAGUCAAUUUCGCCAUGCCUUUUAUGGAAACCUAUUCUACAUGGAGUAGCCAAGGCAUCUUCUAUACUGAUUCUUGGAAUGACGAUACAAUCACCUUUCUCCCAGAUGGCCAGGAAGUGAGGGAGCUACCGCCUAAACCCAUCACCUUACUCCUUCAUGGGCUUGGGUCAUCCUCCUUAAUCAAGUUGAUUGACGAACUUGGAUUCAAGGAGAAGAUAAUAGUCGUCGGUCACUCAAUAGGGACUAUCAUCGCUAGCAACUUAGCAGCCGAAUAUCCCGACCGUAUAGGAGGUGUUGUCUUACUUGGAGCACUUAAUCCUUGCAAAGGCCUGGCCGCCAUACUUGAUGGAAGGAUUAAGGCUAUAACGGAAUUAGGAAAAGGCUUGAUCGAUUUAGCAUCCUCCCUUCCCCGAAUCACCACAUCCAGAAAGUCAACCCCACUCGAACGCGCCUACGUCCUCUCUUCAAUUCUAUCUAUGGACCCAAAUGAGUAUGUCCGCCUCAGCAAAGCUAUUACAAACUCCAAAAAACCACGGUAUUUUGUGAUCAAGGCCUCACUGUUGAUUUUGGCUGGGGAAGAUGACAUGAAUGUUUCUAGUGAGGAAAUUUUGGAGGCAUAUGGAACAGCCAAGCACAAGAAGAAACUCGAAUGGUUGAAGGAUUGUGGGCAUUGGAUUUGUGUUGAAAAAGGGGAUGUGGUUGCGAUCAGCCUAUUGAUUCUGUUUAAAAAUCGUGCAGCUAAUACGUCCUCGUCACUGGACCCAUUCACAUCAUCGAGGCGCUCGCUGGCAUGAAGGUAUUGUUCACCCAUGCCACGCUCCACAAUAGACUAGACGUGAUAGUCGUGUCUUAGUAGAUUGAGUCUAGCGAACCCAGGCGCGAGCAUAGUAAAUUUAUCUAAGUCAAUGUGUAUUACUCAACACUGAAAUAUUAACCCCCCUCGUCUCACCGGCAUAACUCACGGGCGGUAUUUUUUUCUCUAUGAAUGUCUUUAGAAUUUGCAGCCAUACUAUUUUAUGAUAGAGUCUUUCUUUAACUCCUUCAAAUUCGAGAAAGACUUUAAUAUUCGGGAUUAAAUAGGGGAGAUAACAGAAGCAGCGAUUUGUAGCACAGUUGAAACAAUUGAUAGUAUAAUCAAACAUACUCUAUUUCUUAAGGAUAAUAGCUAAAGAAAAUAGUAUGUUGAUAGUGACUUUAUAGACUCGCUCAGAAAAGAAUUAUGGUUUCAAAACUCCAAAUUCGUCUUGUGACCGGGUGUGCCUCGGAACUCAGAGAUAGAAGUUAUAGUGAAUAGGUGAAAUAAACAGGUAGAAAGAGAAAGUAGCAUUUCAGAAAAAGGGCAAGAUUUAAAAUCUAUCUUUCUGCGGGGUUUUCCUUGAAAAUGAACCAGCCUGCAUGUAAAAGAAAAAUUGACGAGAAAUUUCAAAAACCCACUCGUACGACUCUGCUGCCUUUUCCCAUCUUCCAUGACUUCCUCUUCGAUAUCUGUCUUCAGGUCAAUCAUGUUGAAAAUUGAUGUAAUCAAUUUAAUUCAGCCCAAACCACCCACGUGAUUUCGCCCCUUUUGCAACGCUCCUAAUCCGGUGAAUCGUCCCUCAACCGCCUCCUAUCGCCUCCCCCAAGCUUUUUGAAAAGAAGCUUUCCGGUCAGCUGAGCAGAUUUAAUCUUGAUUAUCUUCACUUUUUACAAGUUUUCCUCGUAACGUGGGUGAAACAAUGUUACUGUAGCAGUAGCUGUGGGGAAAGUAUUGGAUGAAGAGUUGUUGUCA